AUGGACUAUUUCAAGGGCGGCGGGGGUGAGGGAGCAGAAGGGCUAGAGCUUGGUGGGGGUGGUCGGAAGAUGUGGGGGUACUUUCGGAGGAAGGCGGCGGGGCCGCGGUUGAGGUGGAGGCGCUGGGAGAGGCGGGUCGGAGGUGGAGGCAAGGAUGAAGAUCUAUAUAGAGAUGACCUUGAGGAGGUUCUUGUUCUUGUCCAUCAGCUUCUCGAAGGUGGGGUCACGGGACCCGAGGCCACAUACUGGGCAGACGUCGUUUUCGUGCGGCGGAGGGCAGUGGCGGAGGGGAUGAUUUUCUUUACGAUUUGGACUUGUAUCUAA